AGUCACAUACAUAAUAUAUAAAUAUCUAUGCCGAAAGUCGAAAUUUGAUAAAGGACAAAGAUAUCUGUGCCCCGUGGUAAUGUGAUUAUAUUAUUAUUGUGAUGAGCGAUGACAGAUGAAUAUUGAAUGGUGUUUGGUGAUGUAAAUUAUGUAUACAAUUUUAAAGUUCUUUAAAAUCGUGUGUAUAUUGCUGUAGUUUGUUACAUCAUCACUCAUCAGUAUACGGCUUACAUGCAGUUAUUAACUAUGUCAAGAAAACCGUUGAAUUAUUGCACGUCCAGGAAUUUGAGACUUCUGGUUUCUCAAGAGUAUGAAAGACAACUUUUACAAAUUUCAAAUGAACAAAGUGAUCAUGUAGAACAAGCUGCAGAAUAUCUCGUUGAGCAACAACAAUCUCCUGAUAUUACAAAUGACACAUUUCAAUUUCCAAUGUUUAUUGAUGAAGGGAUGGAUGAUGAUUCAAAUACAAUAACCAUUUCCACAGAAGAUAACAUUUACAUUGAUGACAACCCUGCAGUAGAUAUUCAAAAUGAAAACAAUGAUAUUUUAUCUGAAAUUAAAAACUGGGCAUUGACUGAAAAUGUGACUGCUAAAGCCGUAAAGUCUUUACUUUUAAUCAUGCGAAAAUAUUUCAAGCAUCUUCCAACUGAUCCACGGACCCUAUUAUCUACACCAAGAUCAACCUGCCUACGAGUAGUAGAACCUGGAGUAUACUACCAUUUUGGCUUAAAAAAUUGUAUUAUAAAUUUUUUAAAAAGCAAUAGUUCUUAUAAUAACCUUUCAAGUAUUGACAUAAUGUUUAACACUGAUGGGCUUCCUUUAUCAAAAUCAUCUAGUAGUCAAUUAUGGCCGAUCCUUGGAUCUGUUAUUGGAUUUAAGGAAGUUUUUGUUAUUGGACUUUAUCAUAGUUUUUCUAGUAAGCCAAAGGAUGUUGAUAUCUAUUUUCACGACUUUUUACAAGAAGCUAAACUUCUUGUCGAAGAAGGUUUGAUUUUCAAAUCAAAAAGCUUUAAUGUUAGGGUUAAAAUGUUUGUGGCAGAUUCGCCAGCAAAGGCUUUUGCUUUGUGUAUAAAACAUCACAGUGGCUAUUCAUCAUGCACAAAAUGUUAUUCUGAAGGUGAAUAUUUAAGCCGUAGAAUUUGUUUUCCUGAUGUUGAUUCAGUACUGAGAACUGAUAUAAGUUUUAUUGAAAAACAUGAUGAUAAUUACCAUCGUGGUGAAACACCAUUGGUAAAUAUUCCACACUUUGGUCCAGUAACCAAUGUUCCCCUCGAUUACAUGCAUCUUGUAUGCUUAGGAGUUGUAAAAAAAUUAAUUAAUUUAUGGUUUGAUGGACCAUUAAAUGUCCGUAUAAGAUCUAGUGUAGAGAAAGAAAUAUCGUUCAAGAUAAAUGAAAUUAGAUCAUAUAUUCCAAUUGAAUUCCAAAGGAAGCCGAGGCCGCUUAAUGAAUAUAAACACUGGAAAGCAGUUGAAUUCAGGACAUUUCUUCUUUAUAUUGGACCAAUUGUUCUUAAAAAUAAAAUAUCAUUGGACACUUAUCAACAUUUCCUUACAUUACAUGUUGCUAUAACAAUAUUGUGCAGCAGAGAACUUACUGAAGAACUUUUAUUAUAUGCCGAAAACCUGUUAAAACAUUUUGUAAUAACAUUUAAAAUAAUUUAUGGGGUUCAUAACCUUAGUCAUAAUGUACAUGGUUUAAUUCAUCUUGCCAAAGAUUGCAAAAUGUAUGGAUCAUUGGACACAUUUUCAGCAUUUCGCUUUGAAAACCAUAUGCAGCAGUUACUAAAGCUAAUAAGAACAUAUAAUUAUCCAAUUCAACAAGUAGUUAGAAGACUAAGUGAGAUUGGUGGCAACUCCACUCCUCAACUUGAAAAAGACACGGAUGUAAUUAUGUGGUCACAACAUAAAAAUGGGCCAAUGCUGUCUUCUUGUCAUCCACCUCAAUUUAAAAAAAUAAAAAUAAAUGGUUUGACAUUUACAGCCAAUAAUUUAAAAGAUUGGUGCUGCCGUACAAUAUGUGAUUCUUUUGUACUUAUUGAAAAUAUUGCAUAUCAAUCAAAACAACUAGUGAUUAUAGGAAAACAAUUUUUGUUAAAAUCUGAAUUAUAUGAAUAUCCAUGGAAAUCUUCAUACUUCAAAAUUUAUAAAUUAAGAAAUUUAUCAGCAGAAUUGAAAAGUUGGAAAGUUGAAACUAUUGUAAGCAAAUAUUUUUUGUAUAAAGUUGAAAAUGGAACAUUUGCUGCAUUCCCUAUGAUUCACAGUGAAGUUAGUGAAAAACAAAAUAUUUAA